CAACAACAACAUAAGCAACAGCAACAACAAAGAGCAAACAUGACAACCAUAAAGCUGCUCAUUAUCGCAUGCCUGUGGGUUUGGAUGUUGGCUGUUGCCGCGGAUGAAUCGCUGGACACACGCGAAGGCGUCGAUCUGGUGCUCAAGUGCCGUUUCACCGAGCAUUAUGAUUCAACUGACUUCACCUUCUACUGGGCACGUUGGACCUGCUGCCCCACAUUGUUCGAGAAUGUGGCCAUUGGCGAUGUGCAGCUUAACUCGAAUUAUCGACUUGACUUUCGGCCCGGUCGCGGCCUUUACGAUCUGCAAAUUAAGAACACCUCCUACAAUCGGGACAAUGGACGGUUUGAGUGCCGCAUCAAGGCCAAAGGCACCGGCGCCGAUGUGCAUCAGGAGUUUUACAAUGUGACCGUGCUAACAGCACCACAUCCGCCCAUGGUGACGCCUGGAAAUAUUGCGGUCGCCACUGAGGAGAAACCACUCGAGUUGACCUGCAGCAGCAUCGGCGGCUCACCGGAUCCCACGAUAACCUGGUUCCGCGAGGGCAGCAAAGUGCCAUUGCAGUCGUAUGCGCUAAAGGGCGGCUCCAAGAACCACUACACAAAUGCCACACUGCAGAUACUGCCCAGACGGGCCGACGAUGGUGCCAAGUACAUAUGCGUCGUUUGGAAUCGUGCCAUGCCCGAGGGACAUACGCUGGAGACGAGCGUCGCACUGAAUGUCAACUAUUAUCCACGCGUGGAGGUGGGACCACAGAACCCGCUGCGCAUCGAACGCGAUCACAUUGCCAAGCUGGAUUGCCGCGUGGACGCCAAGCCGAUGGUGUCGAAUGUCCGCUGGUCACGCAAUGGCCAAUAUGUAAGUGCCACGCCCAGUCAUACGAUCUAUCGUGUGAGUCGCCACCAUGCCGGCAAAUAUACAUGCAGUGCGGACAACGGUCUAGGCAAGACCGGCGAGAAGGACAUCAUAUUGGAUGUGCUCUAUGCGCCCAUUGUGACCAUCGAAUCGAAGACCCACGAGGCCGAGGAGGGUGAAACGGUGCUGGUGCGUUGCAAUGUUACCGCCAAUCCGCCGCCGAUUGCCAUUGAGUGGCUGAAGGAAGGUGCUCCGGAUUUUCGCUAUGCCGGCGAACUGCUCACCCUGGUCUCGGUGCGGGCGGAGCAUGCGGGCAAUUAUAUUUGCCGUUCUGUGAAUCUGAUGCAGCCCUUCAACUCGAAACGCAUUGAGGGCGUGGGCAACUCCACGGUGGCGCUGCUGGUGCGUCAUCGUCCCGGCCAGGCAUACAUAACGCCCAAUAAGCCAGUCGUGCAUGUCGGCAACGGUGUGACGCUCAGCUGUUCGGCCAAUCCGCCCGGCUGGCCGGUGCCGCAGUAUCGCUGGUUCCGCGACAUGGACGGCGAGCUGAGCAAUACGCAAAAGAUUUUGGCCCAGGGACCGCAAUACUCCAUACCGAAGGCCCAUUUGGGCAGCGAGGGCCGCUAUCAUUGUCAUGCCGUCAACGAGCUGGGCAUUGGCAAAAUGGCCACCAUUGUCCUGGAGGUGCAUCAGCCGCCGCAAUUUCUGGCCAAGCUGCAGCAGCAUAUGACACGACGUGUGGGCGAUGUCGACUAUGCGGUCACGUGCAGCGCCAAGGCGAAGCCGACACCCCAUAUACGCUGGAUCAAGGAUGGUACCGAGAUUCUGCCCGCUCGCAAGCUCUACGAGAUACGCACCACGCCCACUGAUGCCGGCGGGGGCGUUGUGACCGUGCAAAGUAUUUUACGUUUCCGCGGCAAGGCGCGUCCCAAUGGCAAUCAGCUGCUGCCCGGCGAUCGCGGUCUCUUCACCUGCCUCUACGAGAACGAUGUGAACUCGGCGAACUCCUCGAUGCAUCUGCGCAUCGAACACGAACCGAUUGUCUUGCAUCAGUACAACAAGGUGGCGUACGAUGUGCGCGAGUCGGCGGAGGUGGUGUGCAAGGUGCAGGCAUAUCCCAAGCCGGAGUUUCAGUGGCAAUUCGGCAGCAAUCCCUCGCCCCUAACCAUGUCCUCCGAUGGUCACUAUGAGAUUAGCACACGCAUGGAGAGCAAUGACAUCUAUACAUCCAUUUUGCGUAUUGCCCAUCUGCAGCACUCGGAUUACGGGGAAUAUACCUGCCGGGCUGUCAAUCCACUAGACACCAUACGCACCCAGAUCCGACUACAGCCGAAGGGUGCGCCGGAGAAGCCCAACGCCUUGAAGGUGCUCGAGGUCGCACACAAUUAUGCGGUGCUCAGCUGGCAGCCCGGCUUCAAUGGCGGCCUCAUGAGCACCAAGUACUUGGUCAGCUAUCGUCGCGUGGCCACGCCCCGUGAGCAACUGCUUUCGGAGUGCUCCGGGAAUAUGUAUACGCCCAGCUAUCAGGUGAGCAGCUCGGCCGCCCAGGUAGGCGCCCACGAAUGGAUCGAAUUCAAUUGCUUUCGCGAGAAUCCCUGCAAGCUGGCGCCGCUGGACCAGCACCAGAGCUACAUGUUCAAGGUCUAUGCUUUGAAUGCCAAGGGCACAUCCGGCUAUUCGAAUGAGGUGCUGGCCACCACCAAGGUGAGCAAGAUACCGCCGCCGCUGCACGUCAGCUACGAUCCCAAUUCCCAUGUGCUGGGCAUCAAUGUGGCAGCCACUUGUCUAUCUCUAAUCGCUGUCGUCGAGUCUCUGGUUGCCCGCGACGCCACCGUGCCCAUGUGGGAGAUUGUCGAGACGCUGACGCUGCCGCCCUCGGGCAGUGAAACUACCUUCAAGGAGGCUGUCAUCAAUCAUAAAGCGCGGACCGCACACUACACCACGGCUACCACGUCGGGACGCAGCUUGGGGCCAGGCAGCGGGCAGCUUGGCGAGGAUCGCACCAUGGCGCUGGCGGAGACAGCUGGCCCGGGUCCUGUGGUGCGCGUCAAACUGUGUCUGCUGGCCAAUCAUGAGCACUGUGGUGCCUAUGCCAAUGCGGAAAUUGGCAAAUCCUACAUGCCGCACAGCUCGUCACUUACCACCUCCGUCCUGGUGGCCAUCAUCAUAGCGGGGCUGUUCUUUGUGCUGCUGCUGGGUCUGCUCUACGCCUUCUGUCGCUGCCGGCGCACGCAUGCGGCCAAGAAGCUGGCAGCGGCCGCUGCCACAACGACACCAAAUGCCGCCAGCCAAGGCGCCAAGGAGUUCGAUGUGGAUGCAUCACGCGGCUCGCUGGUGGUGUCCGCAACUGGAGACCCGCAGCAGUCGCAAUCGGGUCUGCCGCCACCGCCGCCGCCCUACUAUCCGACUGGCAGCCUGGACAGCAAGCAGCUGGAUGGUGGCAUGGAGCUAACACUAACGGCCCUCCACGAUCCCGACGAGCAGCUAAACAUGCAGCAGGGCGAGAUGCACACACAGCAGCAGCAACAGCAGCAACAGUAUCAGACGCAGCCCAAAUGCCAGGCUCAGGCACUCUACCAGCAGCAGCCGCAUCCGAAUGGCUAUGGAUAUCAUGUGACAAGUGCCAUUGGCAUCGAUGGCGACAGCUAUCAAGUGCUGCCAACCGCCGCUGGACAGCAUGGCGAGUGGUCGAACAACGUGACCGCCAGCGGCAGCCAGGAGAAUAACUACAGCAAUGCACGCGAUCUGUCACAGGAGGCGCUCUGGCGCCUCCAACUGGCCACGGCCCAAAGCCAACAAAUCUAUGUCGAACAGCGACCGCCAUCCGCAUUCAGCGGCUUGGUGGACUAUGCCGGCUAUCCGCACAUAAACACGGUGACCAGUUCGCUCAGCCAGCAGAGCUUUGGACAGCAGCAGCCAGGGACAAGCCAGCAACAGCCGCUGGCACCGCACGAGAUGCUGCAGGCGGCGCAACGCUAUGGAACGCUGCGCAAGUCCAAGCAACCACCGCUGCCGCCGCAGCGCAAGGAGCAACAGCAACAGCAGCAGCAACAACAGCUAGCGGACAUAAUACAGGAUUUAGCAAAUUAAACUAAUUGCCAGUUAAGAGACAUAACAACAACAACAACCAAAU